CUCCCCAGCGGAAUAGCCGUGUUUUUGCGCGGUGUUUGACUUGACAGAUGGCAGGCGAGAGACGCUCCUCUCUCGGCUGUCUCUCUCGGUCCGUUGGUCCAUCCCGGUUCCCAUUGUCUCCCCCUUUUUUUUUCCUCCACUCCUUGAAGACAAACCCCCGAGACGACAAACUUAAACUUAACCGUUAUUUUCCGCUCGUACGUUCACGUUUUGGACACUUAGCUCAACCUGAAAUUUCACCCUGUCCCCUUCUCCAUCCGAAACGUGGACAUGCUUAUUUUUAUUUUUUUUUAAAUGUCCUGCUUUUUUUCUUGUUUUUCUGGUUUAACGUUGUAGAGAAUUAUUCGCUGUAACGGAGUGAAUUAACCGACCAACGGCUGACGGUUGGUGACAAACCGGUGUGGUUGUGUUUGUGGAGCUGAUGCUGAGAUGAACCGGAGCAGGAGGACUUCUUAUUAGACAACAGAAGAGACGCCGAAAUCAGCUUUGACAUAUCACAACACCCUCGAAACAAUUCUUACUCACCAAAUUCAGGAGAAAGAAAGAAAAAAAAGGCAGAUAUGCUGGAUUAUUAUCGCGGGUUCUGGUGUUAAGGACGCAGUGUUUUGUUGUUGUGUUUGGUGUGAUUGACCGUUAAAGGAUGUUGCCGCUACAUGCCCGUUACUUCCCCUGAGACGAGACAAGAAGACGUGGACCACAUGCACUUGUUUUCUCCACCCCUGAAACAAAUGAGCUAAAUCUAACUAGCUCUUAUUUGGGAUUUUUUUUUCUCCAAACAAAAGAGCGUUUAAUCCGGCGAGUACACACAUCUAAUCCCACCGUUUCUCACAGCUUUUGACAGUCUUUGAACGCAUUACUGUACUGUGCUCAUUCACUGUUGAUGAGGGAGGAUGCGUUCAAUGGACAUAGUUGUUGACCGGACUUUCUAGACACCAGCAUAGGCGAUGACUGGACAAGUGGACCUUGUGUGGACAUAACUUGAAGAAGAGUCGGUUUCUUUUGUGUCAAGAGAUUUGAUUGAUUUAUCAGACUGCCUUCACUUGCAGAGGCUCAUCAACAACAAUCUGUGGACUUCCCCAAAGACCACCUUCCAUCUUUGAUCCCUGACCCCCCCUCUGUGUGUGUUGGAAAUCCAAGGGACCACGUUGUUUCCCGGCUGUUUACCUGUCAGCAAACACCCCUCCUCUAUUUGAAUGAAGUAGUAACCUUUUAGUCCCCUGAGCUCCAGCGAGUAGCAGCAGGGGCUGCACUCUGUCCUGUGAGGCCGAGCAGGGAGCGCCUCUACCUGGGCUGCCAGCCAGGCAGACGAGCCCUCCGGGGGCUUUUUUUUUUUUUUUUGGUCCAGCUGGUAGAUUUGGGAAUUUUACCCAGAGUUUCUUCUCCGAGUGGAUCUCUGGAGAGAAGGAGGAAGGAGGACACCAUGGGGUGCUGUAGCGGCAGGUGCACCUUGGCCUUCAUCUGUGGCAUGCAGCUGGUCAGUGUGUUGGAGCGUCAGGUGAUAGACUUCCUGGGCUACCAGUGGGCUCCGAUCCUGACUAACUUCCUCCACAUCAUCGUCGUCAUACUGGGCCUGUUUGGCACGAUUCAGUUCAGGCCGAGAUAUGUCACUGGGUACGCUGCCUGGCUGGUCGUCUGGAUGACCUGGAAUGUUUUCAUUAUCUGUUUUUACCUGGAGGUUGGAGAUCUGUCCAGAGACUCUGACCUUGUCCUGACGUUCAACCUGUCCAUGCAUCGCUCCUGGUGGAUGGAGAACGGCCCGGGGUGCAGGGUGACACCCAUCACUCCUCCUCCCUCCUGGGCACCCGAGGACCACCGAUAUAUAUCUAUAUCUGGCUGUCUGAUGGAUUUUCAGUUCAUAGAGGUGGCUCACUCCUCACUGCAGAUACUCCUGGCUUUGAUGGGGUUUAUCUACGCCUGCUAUGUGGUCAAGCUCAUUUCAGAAGAAGAGGAUAGCUUUGAUUUUAUAGGAGGGUUCGACUCGUAUGGUUACCAGGGGCCUCAGAAGACCUCCCACCUCCAACUACAGCCCAUGUACAUGUCAAAGUAAAGGAGCGCUGCCUUACAAAUCACCACCGCUUAACAUCCUGCUUCUACUACUCCGACUGUCUUUUAAUACAACAACAACAACCAAGGCACAGACAGGAUACAGAAGACACUAAGAUAUUCUGUGUUUCAACCUACAAAUCCCCUCCCAGUACUUGGUCAGAUUGCCUCCCUUGUCUGCCUGUCUGCUGUUUUUAAAUGGAGUUAGGCGUGUUCCUGAUGAAACACUGGCCUCGUGUGGUUAAACAUAGUAACUGCACACCAGUACAGGCAGCUCUGGUAACAUCUGCAUUCUUGUUUUGUUGUUUCUUUUUUUUGUCUCUGAGUGAAGCAAUCAGGAGCCAGUGACUUGCUUCCUCUUGUGCUGUUGGGUAUCUGCAUUGUGAAUGAAACCAAAGAGGCCACAACUCAUUGGUGAUUCACUGACGCGUCACAUCCGGCUUCCAAGGAGAACUCAUGGAGUUGCUGAAGUUACUUCAAGCUACUGCAGAAAUCUAUCUCAAAUGUUGUGGUAUCUAACAGCUCUCCAAUGCAGAUAUUCCUCACCAAAGAGUAAAAAAAACAAAACACAGAGACACGUCCUUGUGUACACAAUAGAGCCCGUUUAACCAUAUGUGGAACGUUUUGCUCUUUGUGUCUGACAGAUUAGACACCGGACUUUCCAACUGAGCAUCUACUAACAAGGUUACCGAUACAGGAAUGUCAGACAUCUUUUUUUCUGAGAUUACUUUUGGGUGAAUUUGGGUUUUUGUUGCAAACAGUGACAGAGAAAAGAUGAAAGUCACGGGCUGGACGCACAAGUACAUGCUACACAUUUUAUUCUGUUGUUUCAUCAGAAAUGUUGAAUGUUAAAUAACAGUGUGAUGUGUAGAUUAACAUACUUUCUUGUCAUAUGUGCAUGUGUACAGGAAACAAACACAUACAUACACACACACACACACACACACACACAACAGAUCUAUUACCGUUUAACUUUUUUACUACUAAUGUGAAUCUUAAUGUUUACAGUAGAAAUUCAGUCUGCCCGGACAGACAGACUUCACACCUGACAGACAGAUGCAGCAGGUAGAUAGACAGGCAAACUCGGAGACAGACAGGAAACUUUUUCGCUUCAGCAUCCCAAAGGCUAUGGGGUGUUUUCUGCCAUAUUACUACAGACGGGACAAUGGUUCCCAGUGUGUCUUUUGGUCUCUUCCUGUCUAAAUAUUUUGUCUUCCAUCCGAGACAGACUGGCAGAGGUAGAUAGAGACAGAAAACGAGAAAGCAAGCGACCACAGAAGAGGGAUUGAGGUCAGUCAACAGUUUCCUUUCCAACUCAGACCUUUUGUGGCUCUCAAUGCCAAGGUUCUGUUUCCGUCAGCAGGCAAGUCCUUUUUCUGAAUUAUAAGACAAAAAAAAAAGCUGGAGGCCAGAUGAAGUGCCCAAUCAGCCUAAUCUUCAGAAUCGACCUCUUCCGAAUCACAGAAGUCUAGUCAGAUAGUUCAAGAGCAGCCAAAAUCGUCUGCAGGCGUCCCGUACAGAAAUGACAAUCACAGUCAUAGUGGCCUGAAUCUCGUCAUGGAUUUUCUUUUUUUUUUUUGUACCAUUAAAAUGUGACAAAAAGCUGACAAGAGGCUGUCAUCCUUAUGUGGGAGCAGGGAUUAUUUGAUUAAUUAUUUGUUGUUUUGAUAACACCCCAGUGGAUGACAACAAUUGGUGCAAAAAAGAGAAAUGAAAGAACGGAGGCUGAAUCUUUGUACGCGUUCGUUCUCGCCUGCAGACUAAUGAGGACAAACAUUAUACCAGAGAGAUGCCAGAGACUUAGCGGCCCCCCCCCCUGCCCCUCUUCACCUCACUACUCGAAUUUUAAUGUUGAAAGUGCCAACUAUAUCACCACAUGGAUAUCUGCAGAGCCUGGUUUCUGAAAGCUUACAGACUGGGACCAAAAAUAAUGGGUCUCAGGUUCACUUUUCUUGGGUUCCCAUGUAAGAAAAGUAGCAAGGCUUAAAAAAAAAAUCACAUUUGCAUUCCAGGCAGCCAGCAGGUUUUCUCUUGUAUUCUGCUCUGAAAAAUCCUUCCUACUGGAAAUGUGACUAAACAUGUUGCACUUGUGUUGCAAUCACUGGACCAAAUGUUUGAGGCCUUCUCCGUCAACCAAGGAACAUUUCUGGGUGCAUACACUGGCUUCUCUUGGCAUGAGGAUGGACUAACAGACCAUUUCCACUCUCCAAACUGAUCUCAAAGUCCACCUUCCACCCCAACCCUCCCCCCGUCUGCCAGUUAUCUUCAGCAGCUCAUGUUUUGUAAUAAAACUCUGUGGGUUACGUUCACAGUCGCUGCCCCGUGAGGCUCCUAUGACACUCACUCUGGAGGACAGAAACAACAUUUUGUGUGUUUGCAUGAGUUGUUUCCAAACUGUUGCGUAUUUAAUCUCAUGCUGCGUGUGACUAACUAGCUUCUUAAAAAUGGGAACUGUUUGGUUUGUUGAAUGCUCCUCAACUCUCUUCAAAGAGUCCUAAAUGUGAACUUUGUGAUUUUUUCUAUAAAUAACACAGUCUGAAGUGUCUGCCGAGUAAAGGAGAAAAAUAGCUACUACGAUGUAAAACGAUGAAAUGUAACUUUGAACUUCUAGACGUUUUUUAAUCACAUGUGGCCGUGUUUACUGUUUUUUCUAGUUGACUACUAAUGUAUGAUGUUGUGUACAAGUGGGACUACUAUGUUUUAUUUCUUCUAAUUGUACAGUGUAUUUGAAACGAGAGAGUAAGAGGAGGAUGGGCGGAAAGAGAACUAGUUGCACUAUAGUCUGUGAUUCUUUCAUUAACCAUUCUGUCAGGGCUGGAAAUUCACUUUCACUUCAGCACAUAAUUAACUUGACAAUAUUCAUUUAUAUUUGAAUUAUCAACCAACACCACACAUGGCUUUUUAAAUAAAUAAAAUGACUGCAGAUAAAGUGUCCUUUUUUUUCAAAAUUCAAACACAGAGCUGAUGUUGUGAAAAGGGUCACAUAUCCAUUAUUUAGAAGCGUAAUUGAAAAAGAUAGUUGGUCGUGUCAUUAUCAAAUUAAACUAUAUGAACUGAAAGUGAAUUCAUUCGCUAAUUUGUUUUUUAUUUAACUGAGUCAAUUGAAUA